UCUGUCGGUCUUCCCCUUCUCUUACUCUUCCUUCCCAGUCCCUCCCCUCCCCUCCCCCUUCCCUAGUCCAGCUCUAACCUUUGCAGCCGCGCGGGUGGAGGACGCUAUGGAGUAAACCUGCCGCAGCAGCCAGGCGCCCAGGUUGUACAGGAACAGCCAGACAGCGUUUGGGAGGGGUGGGGGGAACGAGCCCCAGAACCGCCCCUCCCAGGAGGAGAGGUAUAGAGGUAACUGUAACUACUCAAUAUUGCAGCCAUGGAGUCCAUGCUUAAUAAGUUAAAGAGUACUGUUACAAAAGUAACAGCUGAUGUCACUAGUGCUGUAAUGGGAAAUCCUGUCACCAGAGAAUUCGAUGUUGGUCGACACAUUGCCAGUGGUGGCAACGGGCUAGCUUGGAAAAUUUUUAAUGGAACAAAAAAGUCAACAAAGCAGGAAGUGGCUGUUUUUGUCUUUGAUAAAAAGUUGAUUGACAAAUAUCAAAAAUUUGAAAAGGAUCAAAUCAUCGAUUCUCUAAAACGAGGAGUCCAACAGUUAACUCGGCUGCGACACCCUCGACUUCUUACUGUCCAGCAUCCUUUAGAAGAAUCCAGGGAUUGCUUGGCAUUUUGUACAGAACCAGUUUUUGCCAGUUUAGCAAAUGUUCUUGGUAGCUGGGAAAACCUACCUUCCCCCAUACCUCCAGACAUUAAAGAUUAUAAACUUUAUGAUGUAGAAACCAAAUAUGGGUUGCUUCAGGUUUCUGAAGGAUUGUCAUUUUUGCAUAGCAGUGUGAAAAUGGUUCAUGGAAAUAUUACUCCUGAAAAUAUAAUUUUGAAUAAAAGUGGAGCCUGGAAAAUAAUGGGCUUUGAUUUUUGUAUAUCAUCUACCAAUCCUUCUGAACAAGAGCCUAAGUUUCCCUGUAAAGAAUGGGACCCAAAUUUACCGUCGUUGUGUCUUCCAAAUCCUGAAUAUUUGGCUCCUGAAUACAUACUUUCUGUGAGCUGUGAAACAGCCAGUGAUAUGUACUCUUUAGGAACUAUUAUGUAUGCUGUAUUUAAUAAAGGGAAACCUAUGUUUGAAGUCAACAAGCAAGAUAUUUACAAGAGUUUUAGUAGGCAGUUGGAUCAGUUGAGUCGUUUAGGAUCUAGUUCUCUGACAAAUAUACCUGAGGAAGUCCGUGAACAUGUAAAACUACUGUUAAAUGUAACUCCAACUGUAAGACCAGAUGCAGACCAAAUGACAAAGAUUCCCUUCUUUGAUGAUGUUGGUGCAGUAACACUGCAGUAUUUUGAUACCUUGUUCCAAAGAGAUAAUCUUCAGAAAUCACAGUUUUUUAAAGGACUGCCAAAAGUUCUACCAAAAUUGCCCAAGCGUGUCAUUGUGCAGAGAAUUUUGCCUUGUUUGACAUCAGAGUUUGUAAACCCUGACAUGGUCCCUUUUGUUUUGCCCAAUGUGCUACUGAUUGCUGAAGAAUGCACCAAAGAAGAAUAUGUCAAAUUAAUUCUACCUGAACUUGGCCCUGUCUUUAAACAGCAGGAGCCAAUCCAGGCUAGCAACAUGAUUUUGUUAAUUUUCCUGCAAAAAAUGGAUUUGCUGCUAACCAAAACCCCUCCUGAUGAGAUAAAGAACAGUGUCCUUCCAAUGGUUUACAGAGCGCUAGAAGCUCCUUCCAUUCAGAUCCAGGAACUCUGUUUAAACAUCAUUCCAACCUUUGCAAAUCUUAUAGACUACCCAUCCAUGAAAAAUUCUUUGAUACCAAGAAUUAAAACUGCAUGUCUACAAACCUCUUCCCUUGCUGUUCGUGUAAACUCAUUAGUGUGCUUAGGAAAGAUUUUGGAAUACUUGGAUAAGUGGUUUGUACUUGACGAUAUUCUACCCUUCUUACAACAAAUUCCGUCAAAGGAGCCUGCGGUCCUCAUGGGAAUUUUAGGUAUUUACAAAUGUACUUUUACUCAUAAGAAGUUGGGAAUCACCAAAGAACAGCUGGCUGGAAAAGUUUUGCCUCAUUUGAUUCCUCUGAGUAUUGAAAACAAUCUUAAUCUCAAUCAGUUUAAUUCUUUCAUCUCCGUCAUUAAAGAGAUGCUGAAUAGAUUGGAGACUGAACAUAAGACUAAACUGGAGCAACUUCAUAUAAUGCAAGAACAGCAGAAAUCUUUGGACAUAGGAAGUCAGAUGAAUACUUCUGAAGAGACAAAAGUUACAAAUGUUGGGAAUCAGCAGAUUGACAAGGUCUUUAACAACAUUGGAGCAGACCUUCUCACUGGUAGUGAACCAGAUAAUAAAGAGGAUGGAUUACAGAAUAAACUUAAAAGAGGGUCACUUACACUUGAAGAAAAACAAAAAUUAGCAAAAGAACAAGAGCAGGCACAGAAGUUGAAAAGCCAGCAGCCUCUUAAACCCCAAGUGCACACGCCUGCUGCUCCAGUCAAACAGACUAAGGACUUGACAGACACAUUGAUGGAUAAUAUGUCAUCUUUGACCAGCUUUUCUGUUAGUAACCCUAAAAUUUCUUCUUCAAGUACCUUCACUUCUGUUCCUUCCACGGGCCUUGGCAUGAUGUUUUCUACACCAAUUGAUAAUACAAAGAGAAAUUUGACGAAUGGCUUAAAUGCCAACAUGGGCUUUCAGACUUCAGGAUUCAAUAUGCCAGUUAAUACAAACCAGAACUUCUUCAGUAGUCCAAGCACACCUGGAGUGACCAAGAUGACGAUGGGGACACCUUCUACUUUGCCAAACUUCAAUGCUUUGAGUGCUUCUCCUGCUGGUGCAAAGCAGGCCCAACAAAGACCCACAGAUAUGUCUGCCCUUAAUAAUCUGUUUGGCCCUCAGAAACCCAAAGUUAGCAUGAACCAGUUAUCGCAACAAAAACCAAAUCAGUGGCUUAAUCAGUUUGUACCUCCUCAAGGGUCUACAGGUAUGGGCAGUUCAGUAAUGGGAACACAGAUGAAUAUGAUAGGACAAUCUGCCUUUGGUAUUCAGGGUAAUCCUUUCUUUAACCCACAGAAUUUUGCACAGCCACCAACAACUAUGACCAGUAGUAGUUCAGCUAGCAAUGAUUUAAAAGAUCUUUUUGGGUGAGAUGUCUUGCUCCUAUUUUUGAAGGUUUACUUCAGUUUUAAUCAUGGGUGAGCUGAUUUACAUCUUGAUGUAGUUGGCUUGGAGGAACUAUUUCUCUGGAAAUUUGAAUGGAUCUAUGACAGAAAACACCUGUUUCCACGCCAGCAUAGUAGUUGUAUGGACUCCUAAACAGUUGAGUUUUUUAAAGCAUUGAGGAUUUUUUUUUCCUCUUACCAAUUCCUCUUCAGGUUUUUAAAGAUCCAACCCUAACCACUCUCAGAGGAUAACAAGGACAACUGAAUAUCUUGAAAAGCAGAAUUUUUUAAUCAGAUGUUUAUUUUGGCUUGUAAAUCUUGGUGUUAUUAAAAAGAAGAGUUGAUGGUAAUUGCAAGUUUCAUCUAUUAAGUACUACACGGUACAUUGUCUGCCUUCACAAGUCAUUACCUACAUUUUAAUGUGUGAAAAAUAGUAAUGCUGUAUUGAUUUGUUUGAAUUAGUAUGACUGAGAAAAUGAUAAUCAUAAAGAAAAGGAUCAGAUCAUUUGCUUUUCCCAAUCUUAUUUCUCAGAUAAGCUAUUGAUUAGUACAAAAGACAGAUCAAAUACUGCAAAAUUUAACUUACCUUGGUUUCAUUGGUUCAAACUAAAAGCAUUACUAACCAUCUUAAAUGCAAACUAAUCAUUGUAAACUAUAUUUUAGCAUGGCCUGCCUCAAAUAGUAAUGUAUUUUUCUGUAUUUACUUGGAUAUAUUUAGAAUCACUUUUUUUCUCCUGUAUCACAGGCAGAAGAGGUACGUCCUGAUUUGUACAGAUACUUGACAAAGCACUCUGAUAUUAUUUCCCUGACUACUGCCUUCAUAUUUCAUUUUGAAUUCAAACGUCUGAUGUUGCAGUGUAUAUGAAUUGCAUUUUCAAAAGGAGAUUUGUAAGAAUUAAAUUAUAUUUAAUGAGUAAACUUUUGAGAUGUCUGCUGUAUUGUUUCAAAUGUACUAUACUUCUCUAAAAAUGAGCAGUGUAUCCUCUGGCUGUCACCAGAUUCAUUUUCAGCUUGCCUGAUAAGUCUGACCUCAUCAGUUACUGCUACAGAAGCUUCAUUCUUUCUUUUCUAGGAAUUUCAGGAACCUUUCAUUCUAACAUUUUAAUGUCCAUAGUUAGCCAUUUUUAGGGAGGAAAGAAUAAAUUGUUCUAAUAGAAAAUAUGCUUUAAGUUUCAAAGCCUAUCUCUGAUUAUAUUUUUCUUUAAUUUUCUGCUUAUUCAACCACAAAGUUUUAUGCUACAAUGUCAUCUGAAUUUUGUUAAAUUAUAUUCCAUUAUUAUAUGAUAACUUUAAAACUAUCUUUCAAAGAACUAUGUGUGUAUUAUAGUUGCUGCCAUAGAGUUUGUGUUUUUUAAAUUAUCUGGAACCAGCAUUCAUUAAAAAUAAAUUAUAUGAAGUUUAGUGUGCUGGUCUUAAGUUCAUUCAUUGAAUAUGAAUAUUCAUUAUGUACACACACACUCAAUAUCGAAUAUACAGUACCUGAUACUUUAAUUAUAAAAUGUAACUUGAUGGUGGUAUUAUUGCUGGCCAGCAUUCAGCAAGAGGAGCUCUAAACAAUAAAAUGUCACCUUUCACAUCUGGUUUCUGUAUGAGCUGUACUUUGUUACAUGGUUUUAGAAAAAGAACUGAUAGGAAUGCUUAAGAAAUUUAUGCAAGAAAUGAAAAACAUUAGGCAAAUCAAAAUGUUUCUGCCAAAUACAUUCACAACUUGACUAUAUUAUCUGUCUUACUUGUAACACAAUACUUCUUUUGAAAAGCAAUUUAUAUAUGGAAUAAAAUUGCUUCAUGUUGAAUUGUUCUUUGUAACAAUUUGGUAGUUACUGUUUAUUGGGGGAAUUGUUUUUUAAUUUUGUAAAAUACUUCAUUUUAAUAAAUAACUUGAACUCCUAAUUAGAGGGAAAACAUAAUAUAAAACUUGUGUAAUCUGAACUUCUGAAUGUAAAAAUUUGAAAAGGUAUAAUAUGUAAUUCUUAGGUGAUUUUCACAUCUUGAAAUUUGCUCUUUCAAUUGUGGUAAUGGCGCUGCAUUUUUACAAUAUUUUUCCUACACUUUUUUCCUCCCUUCUUAAAGCCAUUUUACUUAAAUAAUGUCCAUCAAUUGAAUUAGAACCAGUUGCUUUUUUCUGCUGAGAAAUUGCCUCUGAAAGAUAGACUGGGCUGUUUUUAGACUUAAGUAUUUCUAUAUGAACAAAAUAUUCAAUAACCUUAAAAUUAGUCAGAUAUUGAGAUCAUUCAGUUCCCUAGGGCUUGGAUAGAAAUUGGUAGAUUAAAAAAGCACCUGUAGACAAAAAUUACAACAAACAUUCCCUUUCAUUUCAAUUGGUUAUAUUUUCUCCUAAUGUUAAAUGAAGUGUAUGAUAUAUAUGGUGUAUAGAAGGAAAUGGAAGUAGACUAUGUAGUUAACUGGUUUUUUGUUUGUUUAUUUGUUUUAUUUGUUUUUUGGAAUGCAUAUAGUCUUUUCAUCUGAAUAAGUUAAAGUAGUGUGUGUGUGUGUUUUUUUAAAUCUGUAAAGUACUGCACAUGGUAGCUUUUACAUAUUGAAGAAAAAAGUAUGUGUGAAAAUAGCUGAUAGCAAGCACAGAGUAUACACCAAAUAAAUUUUAGCUUUGUUAAAACUUUUCAUA